AUGGGAGGAAAGCAUACUCAAACUGAUUUAGGCGUCAAACCAUCAAGCACCGUCUUCGCAAAAUUUGAAGAAGGUUCAUCAUCAUCAGUUUCACUUGCACCACGAGCACGUAAUGAAGCAGACCAACAGCAACAUGCCGUAUCUCUCAACGUCAAAGAGGCACCGAUUGUGUCUUCCUACAACGACAAAAUCCGUCCCCUCCUAGAUGCCGUUGACAAGCUCCGUAACCUGAUGGUUAUGGAAGAAGGGAUCCAGCUCCCCACUAUUGUCGUCGUUGGAGACCAAUCAUCUGGAAAGUCUAGCGUCCUGGAAUCCCUCGCGAGCAUCAGCCUGCCACGUGGACAAGGUAUCUGCACCAGGGUGCCUCUUAUAAUGAGGCUUCAACACCAUUCAAGUUCAGAACCGGAGCUUUCCUUGGAAUACAAUGGUAAAGUUGAGCGGACUGAUGAGGGCAGAGUUUCUGAAGAUAUUGUUAAAGCGACUGAUGAUAUUGCAGGCGGAGGUAAGGGUAUCUCUAACACGCCUUUAACUCUGUUAGUGAAGAAGAAUGGUGUUCCGGAUUUAACAAUGGUGGAUCUCCCUGGAAUCACCAGAGUUCCUGUUCAUGGUCAGCCUGAGAAUAUCUAUGACCAGAUCAAAGAUAUGAUCAUGGAAUAUAUAAAUCCUGAUCAGAGUAUCAUUCUGAAUGUAUUAUCGGCUACUGUCGAUUUUACCACUUGUGAAUCAAUUAGGAUGUCACAGAGUGUGGACAAAACUGGUGAGAGGACUCUUGCCGUGGUUACAAAAGUUGACAAGGCUCCGGAGGGACUUGUAGAGAAAGUAACAGGUGAUGAUGUCAACAUAGGGCUUGGCUAUGUCUGUGUCAGGAAUAGGAUUGGAGAGGAAACCUAUGAGGAGGCAAGGGCUUUCUCUGACCAACUAUUCCAAACUCAUCCUCUGCUUUCUAAAAUUGAUAAAUCCAUGGUUGGAGUUCAUGUUUUAGCACAGAAGUUGGUGCAAAUUCAAGCUACAAGUAUAGCCAGGAGCUUACCUGAGAUCGUGAAGAAGAUAGAUGACAAGCUGAAUAUUUGUCUUUCGGAGCUGAACAAACUGCCUAAAGGUCUUUCAUCUUUUGCUGAGGCGAUAACGGCUUUCAUGCAGAUAAUUGGAUCGUCGAAAGAAUCGCUCAGUAAAAUUCUUGUGAGAGGAGAAUUUGAUGAGUACCCAGAAGAGAAGCACAAGCAUGGGACAGCUAGACUGGUUGAGUUGCUUAAUCAGUAUUCUGAAGAACUGCACGAGUGUGAUGGAACUGAUGUGGCAAGUAAUUUCUUGAUGCAGGAGAUUAGGAUUUUAGGGGAGGCAAAACGUAUGAGUCUUCCAAAUUUUCUUCCCCGCAGUGCUUUUCUGGUUAUUUUGCAGGGAAAAGUGAAGGGAAUUUCGAGUAUUCCGAUUCGAUUUGUUGAGAAGAUAUGGGACUACAUUGAGGAUGUGAUGAUAUCUGUGUUAAUGAAACAUUCAGAAAAUUAUUCUCAGCUUCAGUUGUGUGCUAAAAGAGCUGGUCAUAAUUUGAUCGCCAAGAUGAAAGAAAGAUCAGUUAAGUGGAUGAUGGAGAUUGUAGAAAUGGAGAAGAAAACUGAUUAUACAUGUAAUCCCGAGUAUGUUACUGAAUGGCAAAAGCUUAUGAAUAAUCUGGGCGGAUUUCUCCAUGGAGUCCUGGAGGAUGAGCACAAACCUCCUAGCUUUGUUGUGGACGAUAUUGGCAUGGUUGAAGUUGAAGUUUUUAGGCAGUACCCGCGGGAUCUUUUAUCUGAAGCUUUUGACUUGAAAAUGCGGAUGAUUGCAUAUUGGAAGGUCGUUCUGAGAAGGCUGGUUGAUUCCAUGGCAUUGCAUUUGCAGCUAAGUAUUGCCAAUCUUGUGAACAAGCACAUGGAGAUGAAGAUUGUUACAGAAUUAAUGGGACCGAAUAAUGCAGGUGGAAUUGAGAAGAUGCUGGAAGAGUCUCCGUCAGUAGCAUUGAAGCGUGAGAAGCUGAAAAAGAGCAUCAACAAGCUUAAAGAAUCCAAGGAGGUUGUGGGUAAGAUUAUGGAUGGCAUUAUCACGUAUGGUGAUUAA